AUGUGGCCGUAUUUACAAAAAGUAAGUUAAUUUUGAAAUCUACGAGCAAAUUCUCCUAAUAGUUUUUUAAUUUUUUUUUGUUUUUUAUCUUUUUAUUUGAUACCGAACCUUUUGAAACGGUUCUGUAUUAUAACUUUUAUAAAUCCUUAUUUUUACUAAACGUUACUUUUAAAACUACAAAACUGAAUUUUAUAUAAUUAACACCAUAAAACGCAACAUAUUAAUAACCUUAAUACGUUACUCUAGUGUUGUUUGCAAUCUAUACAAAAUUACAAUUUUUAGUUCAAAAAAGAAUUUUGACCUGAUGACUUAUAACAAAAAAAAUCAAAAACCGAAAAAACUGACGUUUUAUCAAUAUGCGUUCGCUAAACUUGGGUUUUCUUAAUGUGUCAUAAGGAGUUUAAAGUGAUGCAAACAUAAAAAAAUUUAUUAUUUGAAUCGGUUAAAGGUUAAUUAUGAAGAAGUAUAAAGUAUUAGUCACGUGGCAAAUCAGCUUUAACAAGCAUUAAAACAUUAGGAAACACUACUAAAAAACAUAUAGUAAAAAGUAAAGCAGAAAAUAUAACUGACAAAUGUUUUACGAGAUUCCUGUAUGUAAAACGUUUAUUUAAAAAACGUUUAAUUUAGAUUGAUCCAGACGCAACCGAAUCAUUUCUCGGUGGAAUUAUUUCGAUUUACUCGUUUGGACAAAUCUUGGCAUCUCCAUUAGUAGGAUGGUUUUCAAACUACCUGGGUACAAUAAAAAUCCCUGUAUCUGUAUGUAUAGGCUUGCAAGUUUGCGGCAACUUAAUAUACUUUUACGCUCAAGCCGCUCCCGAAAACUGGGGAAAGCACGUUAUGAUGUUGGCCAGAUUAGUUCUCGGAUUGGGAUCUUGUAAGCUCAUAGUUUAAAUACGUAGCAUGUAUAUGUCUUUUAACUCCUCUUUGAAGCGGUUGACAGACAUGAAAUUUGUUAACGAAAAAACUUGAAGGCGAAAUAGAGAGAAAAACAGUUUUUUGUUUUUGAAACCAGCUACUAUUCAAGGCGUACAUUAUAUUUUUUACAAAUGUCUGAUCAUAGUAUAACAGUCAGCUUUUGCUUAAAAAAUCGAUAUUUUUAAUAAAAUGAAAAAUUAGCUUUCAGCAAAUCUUGCGCUUCUUAACACAUAUGCAUGUACAGCAUCAACUCCGCGGUAUAAGUCAAGAACAAUUGCUUUAGUAACGGGUGGAAUUGCUCUUGGAGUGAGUUUAGGACCAGCACUUCAACUCUUAUUUCUACCGUUAGGUAAAGACGGCGUUAAAAUUUCAAAGAAUCUUUAUGUUAAUUUGUACACGGCUCCUGCAAUCGGCGCUUGUUUAAUGAACAUCUGCGCUAUUUGUUGCUUGCUGUGUUUAUUCGACGAAAGCUAUGCUGGAACCCUACCGCAGCCAAAAAAAGUAAGAAUUUUAAGAUUUAGUGAAACAAGGUUUUACUUUAUUAUUUAAAGUUUAAUUUGUUAACUAGUCGUAUGUAAUAUUUAAAAAACUAGUAUAGAAUAUUUAUCGUAUAUUUACUAUUAUACUAUUUUUAACUGUUAGUAUGAACAUAAUCAUAUUUGUUAAAAUAUUUUUGUAGCGAUUAACAGAAAAAUCGAAACAAAGGUUGCGUAUUGACUGGAUGGCUCUAAUAUUGUGCCAUAUCGUUGGAUUUGUACAUUACUGUACGUUUACAAACGUUGAGACCCUUGGUACGACGUUUGCUAUGACAAUGAUGGGUUUUACUGAAGAGAAAGCUAUAAGUUUUACGUCAAUAUCAUUCUCAGUCUUAUCAUUGGUCGAAAUUGUGUUUUAUUUUGUAUACAUUAUAUUUAAGUUGGAACAGUGGGGAUCUGCUCGAAUGCAAUGCUUAAUUGGCUUAUUCGGGCUUCUUCUUUUUUAUAUAUUCACGUUCUCUUGGCCAUUUUUGCCCGGACACUUGGCUACACACACGGAGAAAGAAUUUCAACAUUACCACGAACACAUUGGCAAUUUAAGUGAGCCAGUCGGUUGCAAUGUUGAUCGUUUUAAUUGGUGCCUGAACAUUAAACCAAUAUCACCGUAUCUUUAUUUAACAACUUUAGCUGUAGUACUAGGACUGUCGUUUGGUAUUAUAAACACAACAUUGAGUACGUUGUUUUCCGAAGUUUUGGGUCCAAAAAAACAAGGAACACAACAGGGAUUCUUUCACAUGACAAAAUGUUCAGCUAGAAUGGUUGGACCUAUGGCAAUCACGUAAGUUACAGAAUUGUUAAAGUUAUGUAUUUUUGUCAUUUUACUUAUUAUAAUAUUUAGUGAUAAGCUUAAUUUAGUAAAUUUCAUAAAAUAUUUAAAACAUAAAAAAGUUGUUAUCAUUUUAUUCCAGAUUUUUGUAUCGCGCAUUUGGUCCGAGAAUUGCUUGGUCUUUACAACUAUCCAUGUUAGGUGUGACGGUAAUUUUAUACCUUACAUUUUAUAAAAGAAUGGUACCAAUGAAGUAUCCGGCUGCAAACACGAUUAAACCAGACAAUUCACAAAUCCCAACAAAACAGACAUGAUAUUACAGGAAGUCUGUGUCAACCAAAAGUACACCCGGGUUUUUUACAAUGUACAUAAAUUUUUUAAUUUUUAAUAGUUUAUUAAUCAAAAAUCGAAAUAAAUAUACGUGGCUACUUAUUAUUGCAAAAAACUUACAGUGUUGAAAGAAAACGUGUUAAAAAUUUAAAAAAUUUGUCUUUUAGUAAGUUCAGCUUUGUUUAAGUGACCAUGGGCGACGUUUGUCGCGUUUGAAAACAAAGCGAACUAAAAAUUUAAAAACGGGAUUAUUUCGGCCGAAAUGCAAACAAAAACCUUUUUAAAUAAUACUUUCCUUUUUGUAAUUAUACAUUUUAUAUUUUUUUAAAAUUAUGGUAUACUAUUUGUAUUCAUAAAGAUGUAUUUUUUACUUCAAUUCUAGGAAUGAGUUUAAAAACAAAAAUCGUGAAAAAAAAAUUUUUUUAGAUAAUGUUAUAUAACAUGCGGAAUUUCGUCAACAGACGAUGCACAGGAAGGUAUGCAGUAGCAAUCGUUGUCAUCGCAAUUUAUAUAUUGGUAAAUUAUAUCUUCAAAUCAUUAUCCGAUAAUGCAAUUAAUUCAGAAAAAAUUUUGUAUUCUACAACAAGAAAAGGUAAAGCGCUUAUUAGUAAAGUGGAACUCCUGUAUAACGAAUCGCUCGGGGACUUGAAAUUUGUUCGUUAUAAAGGAGUUUCGUUAUACAGGAGUUUUAAAUGCACUGUGUAGUGGUAGGCGGGAAUUCAAAAGUGGUUCGUCAUAUGAGAUUUUCGUUAUAGGGGAGUUCGUUAUACCGCAGUUCCACUGUAUUAUGUAUUUUCUAAAAAGGUAAAAUUCGUCUUCGUUAUUACUUAACAAUUUUUUUCCAGAACUGGACAUUUCCUCAUCUCCAAGCGUUUAUGGCAAAACUGCUGUUGAAACCACCAACAAUUUGUUUAACAUAAGACAUGGGUUUGGGUUUUCAAAUAAAAGCAAACAACAUAUAAUGGUAAAAUUUUCAAUUUUUAAAUAUACUUUAAGUUUAGACAAAAGAUUUAUUUUCAAGUAUACCUGACGAAAAUGGAAUAUCACAAGGUCCAGGUGGAGAAGGGCCAAUAAACUUUAACUACACUCCUACAAACACAAAGACCCAUCUUGAUAUUUUCAUUAUACCUCAUUCUCACAACGAUCCUGGCUGGCUACAAACUUUUGAAGCGUAUUACGAUGAAAAAGUCAGAAGCAUUUUGAAUAAUAUGCUAGAUUUUUUGACUAAAUGGGAAAAUAUGCGAUUUGUCGAAGCCGAAAUUUCAUUUUUUGAGCUGUGGUGGAGCGAGCAAACUGAUGAAGACAAGGAUAUGGUAAGAAAGUAAGUGAUUUUUUUAAGAAUUACUUAUUUUUUGCUUAGGAAAGCCAGAAAACUAAUAAUGGGUAUUUAAAUACGUUUUAUUUCAUCUAUAAAAUCCUUGAGAAUAAUGUUUUCAGAAUUGUAAAGAAAGGUCAACUAGAAUUUGUUGGAGGUGCAUGGGUUAUGACAGAUGAAGCCAACGCGCACUAUUUCAAUACAAUAAUGGAAAUGUUUGAAGGCCACGAAUUUUUAAGCAAUAACUUUAGUAAGAGUUAUACAAUAGGCUUGAAGCUUGAAACAUAAAUAGCAUAUCUGCGGUUUUAAGAGUAAUAGUACUAAAACGAUCAUUAUUUUAUCUAACCAAAAAGAAAAAAGUGAUAUUUUAGAUGGUUAUGCUCCUAAGUCACAGUGGUCUAUAGAUCCAUUUGGUUUAUCUACUACAGUACCGCAUUUAAUGCAAUUAUCGGGUAUAAAACAAGGAAUUUUAAAUCGAAUUCAUCAUACAAUAAAAGAUAUUAUGGCAACGUCAAAAACUUAUGAAUUUUUAUGGAGACAACCAUUUGCUCUUAACUCGAGUGAAAACGACUUUUUGGCUCACAUUAUGCCAUACUUAUAUUUUGCUGACUAUCAGUGUCCAAACAAAAACAUUUGCGUUAAAUUCGACUUUUACAACCGAUUGUAAGAUGAACUAAUGAAUGUUUUUAAGAAAAAUUCUUUGUCAUGAGUUACCUCUAGACCAUUUUAGUAUUUUUAUAUAAUUCGUUUAAUUUUUAGCACUGAAAUCACAAAAGAUACAGUAAAAGAAGAAUCAGAAGUGUUUCUAGAGCAAGCCAGAUUAAAAUCCCAGUUUUAUCGCACCGAAACAGUAUUAUUUCUUCAAGGACAUGACUUUGACUUCCAAACUACGGGUCAAUGGGAAAGGACUUACAACAGUUUUUCAACUAUGGCCCACUAUAUAAAUUCACAUGAUACAUACAACGCGACAGUAGGUUUUAUGUAAUUUUGAUAUUUUGUGUUUUGUAGCUCCGAAUUGCUACACCAUCUGAAUAUUUUAAAGUUUUGUUGCAAAAGCUAAACACCGAUCAUUACAAGCCGUUGCCAUCCCUGAGCGGCGAUUUCUUUCCGUAUUCUGAAGCCAAUGCUCAUUAUUGGACAGGAUACUUUACGUCAAGGCCAUUUUACAAACACAUGGAUAGAGAACUUGCACAUCAUAUUAGGUAGAGCCAAAAUUUAUUAAAGUUUUCUAUCUAUCAAGAUUCAUAAAAAAGACUUUUUAUUACAUAAUCGCAAUAAAGUUGCAGAUCUGCAGAUAUACUUUUUUCGUUAGCUCAUUGGAAGCACACAAAGAACAAUGAAAGCACGUUUUCAACGUCAAUCAACGACCUUUUAGUAGAGGCUAGAAGAUAUCAUGCAUUAUUUCAACACCACGAUGCGAUUACUGGCACCGCCAGAGACGACGUCGUUCAAGAUUACGGCAAAAAGUACGAUCAGGCACAAGUUCUGUUUGAGAUUACCGCGGUCCCCGAGCGAAACUUUUUUUUAAUUACAGGAACGACAGGAAUUCAUUAUUAUUUUAUACUUCUUCCCGGUUUUGUUAAAAAAAAUUUUAUGGUUUCGUAUUUUAGGUUAGAAAAGGCUUUGUACAACGCAAAGUAUAUAAUAGAAGAGUGUUUAUGCUACCUUACAAAACUGCCCGCUAAACCAAGAUUGAUUGAAAUUCCUUCAAAUAACAAUUCUUUAAUAAGAGAAGUAUACAACGCCAAGACAUCACUUAUAGUUUUUAACUCUUUGUCACGUGCGGUUUCUCAAACAGUUUGCAUACUUGUGGCAAAUCCAGAUUUUUUAAUUGAAGGAGAUGUCAUACAACAAAUACAACCAAAUGUUGAGACAGAUUCAAUGGGAGAAUUGAAAAUAAACAAGUUUGAAGUAGGUUAUGUUACUAUGCACACAAACAGUGUUUUGCCGGACCGGUCCGCGGACGGACCGAAACAAAAAAUUUUUGCGGACCGGACCGGAGAAAAAGCUCCGGACCAAUCCAAAAAAUUUUUUUUUAUUUUAUUAAAACUGUUUUAAAAAUUGCAGAUAAAAUAUAUUUUUAAGAGGGCAAAGCACUGCAAAUAAGUAUAAUGUAUUACAAAUUUAUAGUCCAGUUUCUUAACUGCAUACAUUUUAAGCAGUACAUAUUAAUAUUUAUUUAAAAUUUGCGAAAAAUAGAAAACUCGAAUAAGUUGCAACAUUUUAGUUGUGCUUCAAAACAAAUUUAAUUCCCCCAUUAGGUACGGCUGUGUACAAAAUGGUCCAGAAAAAACACGAAAACAAAGUCAGAAUAGCAGUAUCACAUAAAAAAGAUGAAAGGCAAGUAAAUGAUUAUUAUUAGGCCAUAAUCCUGAUUUAUACGGUAUUUUUUCACAUAAUUACUAGUAGUUAAUAAAUUUUUUAUAAACAAACUAUUAUUUUAGAUUGUUUUCUGAUUUCGAAAUGGAUGAAUACAUCAAAAGCAAUGUUUUGACUAGUCGAAAGGCUAAAUUAACUUUUGAUACAAAAACGGGAUAUAUAAGGUCAAUUGAAAAUGACAACAGACAAAUAGACUUUUCUCUUAAUUUUAUUUAUUAUCACUGUAAGUCUUACAAAGUAAACCAAAAUGUUUGCGUUUGUUCACGUGAUAAAAAACUUUAAAAAUGCUUUAAUUAUUGAUUUUAGCUCGUAUAAAUGUAGAACCUAAAAGCGGAGCGUACGUUUUUCGUCCAAUAAAUGAAUCCUCUCAACUCGAUGUAAGCGAAAAUAGAGUACUCGUAAUGAGAGGACCUUUACAUGAACAAUUAAUAAUUAAAGGUCCUACACACUUAAAGCUUUUGCAACGCGUCAAAUUGGAAGCCGAUGCUAAUUAUAUCUUAGUUAAAAAUGAACUUGACCUUAAAGACGAACAUGACUUCGAAAUAUCGAUGAGAAUACAGUCAAAAGAUUUGAAUGCAAAAACAGAACAAUUAUUUACAGAUUCAAACGGAUUUCAACAUUUACGGUUAGUUUGCUAUUGUACUUAUAUUAUUUUACUUUGUAACGCACACCUAUAGGCGUUUUUUCUUCCUCUCCCCCUAAUUUAGGUUGAACAUGGUUUUUUGAAAACUGUUCUAAUAAAAAAAAACUACAAAAAAAUGUUCUAAAUUUUACCUUUCAGACGAAAACGUAUGAGAAAUUUGCCGUUACCCGCACAAUAUUACCCCUUCACAACUUCUGCCUUCUUAGAAACCGUAUCAUUACGAUUGAACGCGUUGACUAAACAACCUCUAGGUUUAGCUUCAUUACAAUCAGGCCAAUUUGAAAUAAUGUUGGAAAGACGUAUGAGCUCAGACGAUGGGAAAGGAAUGGAGCAAGGUGUUUAUGAUAACAAAAAAACAGAGUCCGAUUUUAUAUUUUAUGUUGAAAUUCAAGAUGGUAUAUCCAAUGACGAGUUUGCAAGUCUUAGUGGCAAAGCACAACACUUAAGCCAACAACUCUUGUAUCCACUUAUUGUAACUAGUUUCGAUGAAAAUACAGCUAUAGGUAAAAUGUAAUUUUUGUUUUUCUUUUAUUUUUGAAAACUUUUAUAUUAAACCGUAAACUUUAAGAGAAUAUGGCGCCGUUAAAUAAUUCAUUACCAUGCGACGUGCACUUAGUAGCCUUAAGAAACCUUAACGAAGCAACCGAUUAUGCCAAGAAAAAUAAUACAAUACAAAGAAAAACAAAGCCAAAAUCAUCAAUGGCUAUAAUUUUGCAUAGAUUUUAUGACAACAAAUACAACGACUUUUGCAAACUCAAAAAUGAACUUGUGGUAUGUCGUUUGAGUUUGUUUCUAUAAUACUUUAUAUAAAAUCUUAAUAUUACUUUGGCUUUGCUGUAUAAUACCAUAGUUCUCAAUAAUUUUUUAAAAAUUCUAUACGUUUUUUAAGUUUAAUUUUAAUGUUUAAACUUUUUAGAUUGACAUAAAUUCUGUUUUUUCAAGUGUAAUCAAUUCAGCAAAAGUAACAUCAUUAACGGGUCUUCAUAAAAUUGAUAACGAAAAGGCUCAAAGUUUAUUGUUGGCAAAAAUGGACCUAAAAACGAUUAUUAUUGAUUACUAA